AUGAGUAAACGAAAAAGGCCAGCGACAAAAGAGGAAAUCACUAGAAUUCUUUUUGAAGAAAGCAGCGACAGUGAUCUUUCAUCAGAAGAUGACGGAUGGCCAAAAAAUGAUUCAUUUGUUGACAAUGCUGAAGCUGACAAUCAUAGCACUGAUGAAGAUGAAGAAAGUGAUGCGAAUGAUGAAGAUAACAUCUUAUGCAGAAACAUAAAUUUUUCAUGCAGCGAAAUAAUAUGGAAGGAAGAAAUAGAAAAUAACAAAAUAAAAUUGUCAAAUAAGAUCCUUGGAGGUGGUCCAACCCACAAUUUAUCUCCUGGUGCAUCCAUUCUGGAUUUUUUCAAUUUGUUUUUUACAUUACCGAUGAUGGAAGUUGUUCUCCAAAACACAAACAAAUACGCAGAACUUAUGAAAGCUUCACAACCGUCAAAGAAAUGUUUCCAGAAGUGGACUCCUCUUGAAUCCAUUGACGAACUGUGGGGGUUUAUUUCCUGUAUCUUUGCCAUGGGAAUGACCAAGGCACCCAGUUUGAAACAUUACUGGUCAGAAGACCCAGUUCUGGGAAACAACUUUGUGAAAUCGACAAUGUCAAGAGACAGAUUCCUGCAAAUUUUACGGUGCUUCCAUCUGUCCAAUAGAGAAGAAGAAAAGGCUUCAAAUCAUCCAGAAUACUAUAUGAUGCAAAAGUUAGAUCCAUUUAUGACGGAAGUCAGAUCAAAUUUUUGUCGAUUUUUCACGCCAAAUAAAAACCUUUCUGUUGACGAAGCACUCCUGAAGUACAAAGGGCGCUGUGGCAUUAUUCAAUACAUGCCCAACAAACCGGCUAAAAGAGGAAUAAAAGUCUGGAUGCUUUGCGACUCAAUAACCGGAUACGUGAUGGACUUUGAAGUGUACUGCGGGAAUAAAGGCCGCAUGGAGCGUACCGAGAAUGGCUUAG